CGACAAUGGCUGCUGUAACAAGCCCGGAGACGAGCCCUCAGCCCCGGGUAUAUUUCCAGACGCCGUCCGGCACCACGGAGGAACCGGAGAUACCCGUUCGGAAGCAGGGACGCGUCACCGUCAAAUACGACCGUAAGGAGCUGAGGAAGAGACUGAACCUGGAGGAGUGGAUUAUCGACCAGCUAACGGACCUGUACGACUGUGAGGAGGAGGCCAUCCCAGAGCUAGAGAUAGACGUGGACGAGCUGCUGGAUAUGCCCAGUGACGUUGAACGGGGAGCCAGGGUCAAGGACUUACUGGUUGAGUGUUAUAAACCUACUGAGGACUUCGUCUCACAGCUGCUCGACAAGAUCCGAGGGAUGCAGAAGCUCUCCACGCCUCAGAAGAAAUGAUGGCGUCCUUCCUCCUCCUCCCCCACGUCCUCCCCUCCACCUCAGCCCUCACCUCUCGUCUUCCUACCGUGCUUUCCAUCUUUUCAUUCUCAUGUCAGUUUUCUUCCAUUAAUGAUCUCCAUCAAUUUACUAAACCUUGUUUCCUUUAUUUGUUACACCCAACGCUCUAAACCCCUUCCUGUUAUUCUUCCUCCUUGCCUGGAUUCAGCCUCCAUAAUUCGCUUUUAACCUUCAGCGAGGAAGAAAAAGUAAAGAAUGCAUAAUAAUUAGCAGCAACAAGUGAUUCAUUGGUCUUUAUCCAGGCACUCUCUCUCCCUCCCUCUCUCUCUCUCUUUUUCACUCCUGCUUCUCCUUCGCCCCUUUGUUUGGCUCCACUCCUCUUCCUCAUCCCUCCCUCAUACCGCCCUCCAUCUGUCUGAGGAGGAAGAGAAGAGGAGCGGAGACGAGAUGAGUCCCAUAAUUACGGAGAGUGGGGCGGCUGCGAGUGGGAAGAGGAACGAGAGUCUGCAACAGCCAAGUAAAAAAGAGUGGAAGGGUGAUCAACGGAGGCGGAAACAGCCAAUCACCUUGAAGCAGGGGCUAAUCAUGGCUUUUGUCUCAACCAAUGAGAUUCCCUAUCUUGUUAUUUGUGAAGGGGUUUAAACUUGUAAACCAUCCAGCUCCCAACCAUGAUUCUUUUGAUACUUUCUAGUUCAGUUUUGAGGGUAUGGGGAUAUUCACUUGACUUUAUUAUUUUUUUUGUUGGGGGUGGGUAAGUACAGUCAGAAUCAUUUGCUACAGUGGUGCAUUUAAAGACUGUCUUUUUUUGUGUGUGCGUGUGUGUGUGUGUGUGUGUGGAUCUGUUAAAAAAUCUGCACUAUGUCAUUUUGGGAAGAAAACCUGAACCUCUGACCACAAAGAAUGAUGUGUGCUCUAUUUUUAUUCCAAAAAAGAGGGAAAAUUUGAUCCCUGGAAAUAGUGGUUGAACCUUUAAAAAAAAGUCGCUGGCUGGCUGUUGUGGUCAUACGGUCCAACCAAUUGGAGACUAACAUUCUUCCUGUGAGAAGAGAGUAGAAGAAGUAGGUUCUUUAGCUCGGGUGUGCUUGCAAAUAUUGGGUAAAAUAAAAAAAAAUGUUUUUCUUUCCUCAAAUGCGUAGUGCAGUCGUAAGAGUGGUUCGUUAGAAGCCUAUGCUGUCCAGCCUGCACAUGCAUAUGUACGUCUGUGUGUUGCUAAAUGCUACGUGUGUAUGUUGCUACAUAAUGUACAGCAACAUUCAUAAUAGGAGUGUUUUUCCUGGCCUGUAUAUUCUGCUGUUCUGUGCGACAAAUUCGAUUUUUUAGUAUAGGACUGGUUCCUGUUUUGUUUUUUCUGGAUACAUUUUGUCACACACACACACAUACUGAUAGUCCGACAAGGGGACCCAGAACAAAGCUGCCUUUUUUGUUUGUUUCAAAGCCCCUUUCUUUGUCCUUUUCACACUUCUCUCCUUUUAUCUUAGAAAUUAUUCAGUCCACCACAUAGUUUAUAUGUUUGACAGACGUCAGUUCAGAGCAUUCACACAUUGGAACUGCAAAUGUCUUUGGAGCUCCGUGAUGGUGUCGAGACUUUGUCCUGUCCUCUGCCUGUCAGUAGACCCACCAGUGAGCCGUGUGAAUGGGAGGGAUGGAGGCCACUGUUAUACACUGAAGCUGUCUAAAAGCAUUCACCCAUCCUUUUCUUCUUUCUCUCACUCACACACAUUCUCACACACACACACACACACACAGGCCACCCUAGGGGCGGAGAAAACGGAAAUGUAUUAGCAAACACAGCUGCCUCUCACGCAGAUGUGCACACACACACACACACACACUCUUAAGUGCUGAGAGAGAAAGGGGGAGAGAGAGAGACAGGUCUGUAGCUGUCACAAGAUCUGUGUUUCCCCGCUGCAGCCGCCAAUCAUCUCUGAGAAUAAGCCAUCUGUGUCUCACCCUGAGCCAAUCAAAGCAGAGACCGAAGCCAACCGGCCAAUAGGAAUAGCAAUAGCAUUUGCUGCGUUUCCUGUGACCAAUUGUGAACACCUGCGGUGACAGCAGACCUCCGCUGUCUGUCUCUUUCUCUGUCAGUGCCAACACUCACACUGGCCCAUUUCUAUCUUGCUGCUCUGUCAUUUCUCCCCGGCAUCCUCUCUCAUCUCCUCCUCCUCCUCCCAGCCAUUUCCAUCCUUUUGUCCACCCUCCCUCCAUCCUUUCUUCAGUUUCCUUUCCUUUUUUUUUUUUUUUUUUUUAAAAACAGAUGUUGCCUUAGGUAUUAUUUAUGUUACACAAACCAAAUAAACGGGAGACAUUCAUUUUUUUAAAAAAAAGGUUACGCAAACUGCUAAACACAGGCGUUACUGAGCAGAACAGCAGCGUGUGGAGAAUCUCGGAUCUUCUGUCGCUCCUUUUCUUUCUUUUUUGAAAAACAAAAUGAGAUUCUGUUUUUUUUUUGUUUUUUUUAGAAGUGAGUGUUUAAUACUUAGGCCUUGAUACAGUGAUUUUGUUUAGAUAAAACAAUGUUCUUGACAUUUUACCAUUUGAAUACUGGUCUGUUUUUAUUGUGAUCAUGACACUUCUUGAUGCCAGGCCUUGGAUUAAUACGUAGUUGAACAAAAAAAUCCAUUCAGAUACACUUUGGUGCGAUUGCUUUUGCCUUCCUGGUGGGGUUUCCUAAUCAAGCACAGUCUGCUUUUUUGGAUAGUACCAGGCAAGCUCAAUCAGUAGGUGAAUUUGAGUGGAUUUUAAUUUUCUAAAUCCGGCUUUGGAUUAUAUCUUAUUAGACUGUUAUUGAGAAGUCUGUUUUUUUACUGUUGGGGAAAAUUGCAAAAAAUAUAUAUACUGAUUAUCAUAAUUGAGGCUAAAUACAAGAGCUAAACCAUUCAGAUUGAGGGAGCGGAGGUGUUUUUUGGACAAUGAUUAGAUCAAACCAACAAACAAAUGUAGCAAUAUCAACAACAGGUCUUGUUUUUGCCCAAUUUUGUUACACUUUUAUGCAACUUUAAUAAAAACAUGUAAAAUUGA